AUGUCGUGCUACGAGCGAUGUCCUUCCACGUCCUGCGGCCCGACCCCGCUGGCCAACAGCUGCAGUGAGCCCUGUGUGCGCCAGUGCCAGGACUCCCGCGUGGUGAUCCAGCCCUCUCCUGUGGUGGUGACCCUGCCCGGACCCAUCCUCAGCUCCUUCCCCCAGAUCACCACUGUGGGAUCCUCAGCCUCUGCUGCUGUUGGGAGCGCUCUCAGUGCUGAGGGAGUGCCCAUCUCCUCUGGCAACUCAUUGGGGUUUGCAAGUUUUGGUUAUCCUGGCCUGGGGAGUGGGUACAGCAGGCCCAACCGCCGUUACAGCACCUACCGCAGCGGCUUUAGUGGGCCGUGCUAG